AUGCACUGGCAGACUGAAAUGGGUGAAGACAGCAUUAGGAAGAGGAAGGAGUCAAAGAAUGGCUCCACUGGCCUCAGCGUGGACUCUCAGGCUGAAGACAAGCUGCCUGUGAAAGCCACUGUGCUUCAAAAGGAUGUUGGUCUGCUGAGCGGCAUCUGUCUGAUUGUGGGGACUAUGAUUGGUUCAGGCAUCUUCAUUUCUCCCAAGUCUGUUCUGCUGUACUCUGGAGCUGUGGGACCCUGCCUCCUUAUCUGGGCUGCCUGUGGUGUGUUAGCCACUCUGGGGGCCCUGUGCUAUGCUGAGCUCGGCACCAUGAUCACCAAAUCUGGGGGGGAGUAUUCGUAUUUAAUGGAGGCUUUUGGCUCCCUCUUAGCCUACCUUUACUCUUGGACCACUGUUAUGGUGCUGAAGCCCUCUGCCUUUGCCAUCAUCACACUGAGCUUUGCAGAAUAUGCCUCCACACCUUUCUACCCUGGCUGCACUCCUCCUCUCAUUGUUACCAAGUGUCUGUCGGCAGCAGCUAUAUUUCUGAUUGUCACUGUCAACUGUUUGAGUGUCAAACUGGCGAGCUACAUGCAGAACCUCUUCACAGCAGCCAAACUUUUCAUCAUUCUUGUCAUAGUAGUAGCCGGGAUUCUUAUGUUGGCACAAGGAAAAUCGAAAAGUUUUUCAAAUGCCUUUGAGGGCAGCUCAUCGUCUAUUGGAACAAUUGGACUUGCGUUUUACAACGGGCUUUGGGCUUAUGAUGGAUGGAAUCAGCUGAAUUUCAUCACAGAGGAGCUGAAAGACCCAUACAGGAACCUGCCACUGUCCAUCCUCAUUGGGAUUCCUUUGGUGUCUGUGUGCUACGUGUUGGUCAAUGUUGCUUACUUCACUGUUAUGAGCACCACUGAAUUGCUGUUGUCUCCAGCUGUUGCCGUGACUUUUGGAGACAGAGUCCUUUACCCUCUGUCUUGGAUUGUUCCACUUUUUGUUGUCUUGUCUACAUUUGGCUCUGCCAAUGGAAGCUGCUUCACUGCUGGCAGGCUGGCCUAUGUAUCUGGUAGAGAGGGUCACAUGGUGAAAAUCUUAUCCUAUAUUAGUCUGAGGCGGUACACGCCGUCCCCUGCUCUCAUAUUCAAUGGUAUUUUGGCUAUUUUCUAUAUCAUCCCAGCGGACAUCAACACCCUCAUUAACUACUUCAGCUUUGCUCAGUGGGCAUUCUAUGGUCUGACAGCCUUGGCUCUCAUAGUCAUGCGUUUCACCAGGAAAGAAUUCCACAGACCAGUGAAGGUGCCGAUUGUCAUACCAUGCCUAAUGGUCCUGGUGUCCUGCUACUUGGUGCUGGCCCCUAUCAUUGAUAAGCCAGACCUGGAGUACCUUUACUGUACUAUCUUUAUCUUUAGUGGACUCCUCCUUUACUACCCUUUCAUCCACCUGAAGGUCAACUGGGCACGCAAACUCAUGAGGCCCAUCACUAUGCAUCUCCAGCUACUGAUGGAAGUAGUUCCUCCUGAGAAAUCUGAAUGAGAAGAGACAGAAAUGACACCCAGGUCA